GCGCUCGCUGGGCUGGGCAGUCUCCUCAAAUACAUCGGAACCAGGCCAGCACCGGAGCCGUGCGCUGGUCAGCUGCCGGGGGCGAGCGGCGUGUCACUGUCGCGUACUGCGGUGCAUCCGAGCAGGAUGAAGGGGGAAGUUAACUCUGCGUACGAUGGCGACACGGCGCGAGAUGACCCCAACGAUUCGGACAAACAUCCCAAGAAGAAAGGCCAUCGCCUACAUUUGGCGGGGGGCCGGGAUCGCCAUUUCGCAAAGAUAUGGCAACUCACUGCGGCAGAUGAUACCCGUCCGGCCGGCCAGCAAGGAGCCGAAGCACGUGAUGCCGGGACCGUCGCGCGGCUGUCUCUCCCUGUUCUCUCUGCACUGGAUGACGGGUUUGAUGUGGAAGGCCUACACCGGCGCAAUGACAACCAACGACAUCUGGCACCUGCGGUCGGACGACGCCAGCCACCACAACUGUGAACGGCUCGAGCGCCACUGGGAGGCGGAGCUGGCGCAGCGCGGCGCCACGGACGCUUCGCUGUCGCGCGCUCUGCUGCGUACCUUCCGCAUGCGCACCAUCGUCGCCUCGGUCGCCAUGGUGAUGGCCGUCGUCCUGCAGUUCAUCGGGCCGUCGAUUCUGCUUACGGCAAUGAUGAACUACGUCAAAGAUCCGUCAGCACCGUACAUACAGGGCGUCUACAUCAUGUUACUGAUCCUGGCCUGCCAGGUCGGCCGCUGCUACUGCUUCUACGGCAUCAGCUUUAUCACGUCCACCUUCAGCACGUUCCGAGCGUCUGGUGCGCUCCAACUGAUGAUCUACAGAAAGAUGCUGCGUCUGCGCGUCACCUCCGACCAGGUGCUGGGCAAGAUGGUCAACAUCUGCAUCAACGACAUGGAGCGCCUGUUCGAGGCCUUCACCACCGGCCCACUGGUGUUCUCCGCACUCGGUAUGUUCCUGUUCGCCAUGAUCUUCAACGUCGUCAUUAUUGGACCCUGGUCAUUACUGGGAUUCAGCAUAAUCCUGCUAUGCUACCCUAUUUUUGGUGCGCUGGCUGCUAUCACCAGCUACCUGAGACUGGAGCUGGUGGUGGACACGGACCGCCGUGUCAACCUGAUGUCGGAGAUCCUCGGCGCCAUCCGCCUCAUCAAGAUGUACGCCUGGGAGGACAGCUUUCGAGCCAAGGUGAUGGAGGUGCGUGCCGACGAGCACAAGAUACUGCAGAAGGCUGCCUUUCUGCAGUCCUUCUCCAAUACCACGUCUCCGCUAGUUGCUGUCCUGGCCACCAUCGCCACCAUUCUUGGCUAUGUACUGAGCGGUAACGUGCUAACGGCGCAGGCCGCCUUCGCCACCUUCGCCGUGUUCAACGCCAUGCAGUUCUCGAUCGGCACCCUGCCGUACGGAGUCAAGAUGGUGACCGAGGUGCACGUGGCGCUGCGCCGCAUCAAGAAGCUGAUGAUGCAGCCAGAAAUUGAUCUUGCCCAGCCGAAUGUUAUCUCCGAGAGCGCCGUAGAAAUCACGGAUGCCACCUUCGCUUGGGAGAAGCCAGUCAACGCGAAGACCAAAGCACAGAAAGAGCGCGAGGUACAACGCGUAGCCUCGAAGCAGUCCAUGAAGGCAGCCGUCGAGCAGCCGGACACAAAGGCUGCCCUGGACACGGCCCUGCCCUCUAACGGCGCGCACCCACCGCCCGCCAACGGCACCACGACUCCAGCGCCGUCCGACAGCGACCAGACGAAGGAGGUCGCCGCCGUCGAGACGGAGAUCGUGGUAACGCUGCGUGAUCUCUCGCUGCGGGUUGACCACGGCCGGCUGGUGGGCGUGGCUGGGUCGGUGGGCUCCGGCAAGACAUCCCUGCUGGCCGCCAUCAUGGGUCAGCUGCGCACUCAGGAGGGCUCGCUGCGCUGCCCGGGCCGCAAGGCGGUCGUCUCGCAGGUGGCCUGGAUCUUCGGCGGCACGGUGCGCGAGAACAUCUUGUUCGGCGCGCCGCUCGUCUUGGACCUCUACAACCGCGUGCUGGACGUGUGCGCGCUGCGCACCGACCUGGAGAUGAUGGAGCAUGGCGACCUCUCGGAGAUCGGCGAGCGUGGUCUGAACCUCAGUGGAGGCCAGAAGCAGCGCAUCAACAUGGCGCGCGCCGUGUACGCCGCCGCCGACAUCUACCUCCUCGACGACCCGCUCAGCGCUGUCGAUAGUAAGGUUGGCAAGCACAUCUUCAACCACUGCAUCCGCGGACACCUCAGCGGCAAGACGGUGCUACUCGUCUCUCACGGCGUGCAGUACUUGUCCCAGUGUGACGAGGUGCUGAUGAUGAAGGAAGGCCGUCUGGUGGAGCGAGGCACGCACGCUGAGCUGAUGGGGCGUCGCGGGGAGUACUUCAAGCUGGUCAGCUACGACACGACCACGUCGGCUCACCAGGCGCCGAGUGAACACCUGACACCCGGCGGCACCACCGAGGAGGAAGUGGAGAAGAUCAAGAAACGUCUGACGGGAGAGGAGAGCUUUGUGCCCAAACUGGGCUUCUUCAGCCUGCUGUACCUGUACAUGAAACCGGCCGGCUUGGCCAUCAUGAUGGUAGUCGUGCUGCUGAUCAUCCUCUUCGGCGUUAGCCGUUCGGCCAACGGCGUCUACCUUCAGUACUGGCUGGACACAGGCGACGGACUCAUGGAGGAACGACUCCGGAAUCAGACCGAGUACAACAUGACCUACACUGCGGAGCAGCUGGUCGGUGUCAUCAACGACAAUCCAGACCUACACCAGCACAUGAUCAUCUACUCCAUGAUGGCCGUCGUUAUGUGCGCAAUCGGCGUUGUUAAAGGUUUGGGAGUCGCACUGCGCGUGAUCAAGGGUGCCACGGCCGUCCACAAUCGAAUGUUUGACGGGCUGAUGCGCUGUAAGAUGAGCUUCUUCGACGCUAACCCCGGCGGUCGCAUCCUCAACCGGUUCUCGCGUGACUUGGAUGAACUGGACAACAAGAUUCCGAUGCUGUUUGAGUUUCUGCUGCAAGGAGGAGCCAUGAUCUUGUCGCAGUUUCUGAUCCCCACUGCCUCCUUCCCGGAAUACAUAGUGCUGGUCAUCAUAGUGCUGGCACUGUACUUCUUCUUGGGUCGCGGCCUGAUCUCCGGCAUCCGCGAGACCAAGCACGUGGAGAACCUGAUGCGCUCGCCGGUGGUGCAUCACAUCACGUCGACGGUGGCUGGCCUGCCUGUCAUCCGCACCUUCGGCCGCGAGGAGGUGUUCACCCAGAGGUUUGAGGAGCUGUUGGAUCGACACACCUCAUCCAAUCUUCAGUUCCGCCUGUCGUCUGUGUGGUUCUGUCCUCGGCUGGACGAGCUCGGCACCGUCAUGAUCACGGCCGUGGCGCUGUUCGUUGUGUUCGCGCGCGACGCCUCGCCCGCCAUGGUCGGCCUCUGCCUCUCGGUCGUCUACGGCUCCGUCACCUUCGUCUCCUUCUGGAUCCGCAUGACGGCCGAGCUGAGCGCCCGCCUCACGUCCGUGGAGCGCUGCGACGAGUACAUCCGCAGCCUGGACUACGAGGCGCCGCUGCACGUUCCGGAACGCGCGCCGCCGGCGUCCUGGCCGCAGCGCGGCGGCGUGGAGCUGCGUAGCGUUUGCCUCCGCUACCGGCCUGAGCUGCCCAGAGUGCUGCACGACAUUAGUCUGCAAGUGCAGCCUGGCGAGAAGGUCGGCGUUGUCGGACGCACGGGCGCAGGCAAGUCGACCUUCAUCUCCACGCUGCUGCGUAUGGUGGAGGUGGAGACGGGCACCAUCCUGAUCGACGGCCUCGACAUCCGGCCGAUGGGGCUGCAUGACCUGAGGUCACGUAUCGACGUCAUCCCGCAGGACCCGGUGCUCUUCUCUGGCACCAUCAGACACAACCUGGAUCCGUUCGACGAAUACCCCGACGAAAAGCUAUGGACUAUACUAGAGAAGGCCAACCUGAAGAAGAAGGUGUCGCGGGCGGAUCAGCAGCUUCAGAUGAAGGUCACUUCAGUCGGUGAUAACUUCAGUGUCGGCGAGAAGCAGCUGAUCUGCUUGGCGCGCGCGCUGCUGCGCCAGAACCGAAUCCUGCUGCUGGACGAGGCCACGGCGUCGGUGGACGUGGAGACGGACCACCUAAUCCAGCGCACCAUCCAGGACAACUUCAGUGCCUGCACCGUCAUCACCAUCGCCCACCGGCUUGACACCGUUGUCGGCUACGACAGGAUCGUCGUCAUGGACGCCGGCAAGGUGGUCGAGCUGGACACGCCGCUGGCGCUGAUGGAGAACGAGAGCUCGCUGUUCCGCCAGAUGAUGGGCCACGCCGGCUUCACCACCGUUGAACAGCUGCUCGAGCUGCAGAACAAGAGACGGUAGACGACGCUGACUUGUAGACUGCCAGCUCUGUUCUUUCGUUGUCAGGGAAGGCCGUCCGUUACACUGUUACUCAAUGAGAUGCACGCCUCUUGUUGAGAAGUCGUGUGGAAAACGUCCACGGUGCUGUAAUGGGACGUUACUCGAGUGAUAAUCCCGCUGGCGGUGUAGUGUGUGUGUACCAGUUCGGGCGCGUGCAGAGUGAAGCCGACUGGCUCGGCCUCACGAGAGCCCGAAUCUGUUCUCUCCUCCAGUUAGUCGAGGCAGCUUGGAAGCUCAGCUCCAGGUAUAUGCUGUGUGCACGCAUAAACAUGCCGUUCGCGCGCACCCAGUACGUCACUGGUAUCGCUACGAUGAUUACGGCGUAAUGUGAUGACCAAGAUAAACAAGAUAACCGGGAUCAGUGACCGGUAUCAAUGUUGUGCCGACGGCUCUUGUUCCGUCAGAAACUCCGUGUUCACCGUGUAGAAAUAUAGUCAUAUGAUGUGCCUCGCAACGGUCCUGUCAACUGUCAGUGCUUAAUCGACUAACUAUUUCUUAGAAAUAUAUGAUC